AUCGAAGUCUACGACAGCGGCGCGACCCGCCACAUCUCCCCAUACCGCGACACGUUCAUCUCAUUCACCGAACUCGACCCGCCGCUCCCAAUCAACACCGCCGACGGCCACUCGUUCUCGGCUGUCGGCGAAGGCAGUGUACGUGUGGAGGUCCCGAACGGCGACAGUCAGACUGCCGUCACGCUC